AUGCAACAAAGAUCUAUUGCAUUGUUACAGAGAAUUGACUCAGAUAUUGAACAAAUCUUACUGAAAUUUCAAGAUAUUUUUGAAGUUGGUAUUAUUAGAGAUAAGUCAAAAGAAUUACUUUCAGUAGACUCCCUUACCAUAAAUUCAGAUGCAUUGACUAUUAUACGGUUGUGUGAAGAUUUGCUAAAUAUUACUCGGGGAUUGAAAGAACUAUGGUGUUUGGGUUCAAUGAAGGUGAAAGGUUAUGAUAUUAAGUCUCAAGACGAAGACGUUGAAAAAGUGUUUAACCAAUUCAAUCAAUUGACUGAGAAAAUCGGUGAAUUUGAAGAUAAAGAUUCUUGA